ACAUUAUAGUAUUUGUUGAAAAUAAGGUGAGAAUUAUCCAUGUGUCUCUGUUAUAUCACACUUCACUUGUGGUACAAAUCCAUUCACAUGCCCACUAGAAUGGAAGAAGCCCCAUCUGCAGUUAUGGAGAGAGCAGGAAAAAUCAUCAGGUUAUCAAUCUUUACCUUUCUCAAAGAUUUUCAGUACUUCACCACCACACCAGUUCUUCUUAUGCUACCUUUCUCUGCCUCAGUUCUCCUAUCACAAGCCCUUUUCCCAUCUUCUUCACCACCUUCUUCCAUCAUUCAUGUUCACUUCAAAUCCCUUUUCCAUGCUGCAGGAUUUCCUCCCUCUUGGCUAUUUGUUUCUCUUCUCAAUCUGAAUCUUUCUCAAACCAUUUUUAGCUAUGUUCUUAGUCUCCCUUUUAUACUCUCCUCCCUUAUCAUCGCAAAAGCAUUUGUAAUUCAAGCUCUAAGUGACCACAACCGCAACCACAAGGUCCACAACCACAAACCUCCUUUUUCCUCUUUUAUGUCGCUUUACAAGCCUCUCCUAAUAACCCACCUCUGCAAUUUGAUCCUCAACAUGACCAUCAACAUGGCUGCCUUUAACACCAUUAGAGCCUGUGUGUUAUUUUCCAACAAUCCCAUUUUUUUGGUGGUAAUCACAACUGUUUUCUACACCAUACUCGCCAACAUGGUGGUUGUAUGCAACUUAGCUUUGGUUGUGGCUGGGAUGGGGAGCUGCAACGGCUACUUGGCCAUUCAUAAGGCUCUGUUGCUUAGAAGGAAUACAAAUUCAACGGCUCUUUUGUUGGCUCUCCCUCUCAGCUGUGGUCUAGCUGCUAUUGAGGCCUUGUUCCGGUACCGGAUUGUAAGAGCUUAUCACCUUUAUGGAAGGCCUAGUGCUUCUAUGGCCUUGGAGGUCCUGCUCGUCGGUUACUUGUAUUCACUCCUUACUGUUCUUGAUACAAUUGCUUGUUGCUUGUUUUUCAAAAGCUGUAGAUCAAAUUUUUGGGUUGAUGAAGAAGAUCAAGACAGGCACUGCCCUCCAAGGAAAUUUGGACAGAGGAGGAGACUCUAAUCCUUAGGUGUUCGGGCAUAUGUUCCUCGCACCCCGAGCUGCCUGGACACCUCAAAACUCGAAGUCUCCUCUCUCAUUCCCUGCCCAUAUUCCCUAAAAUUCGGGAAGAAAAUUUCAAAGCCUAUUUUGUCUA